AUGUCACGAUAUUCGUCGAAACUCGUCAGUGAAUUUAGCCGUUGCGGCUGUCAAAAAGUCAUUCCAUCGAAAAGAGGCGUGUUCAUAAAAAGUCAUAAUUUUCAAUGGAACAUAAUCGAAAAAGAUUUUUGUUCGAUGCGCUAUCCAAAAGUGAAAACACUCAUCGUUGUACACACAGCCAUUCCACAUUUUCACGCUCGUCAAGCGCAUCGUAAGAUGUAUGGUAAACGAUUCUAUGAAAAGGUCAACUCUGCACACUUAUUCACAUUCUGCUUAUUGUUUAAUCAAUGGAUUCAUGCGAUGGGCGUUGCGAGUUUAUUUUUUGUUGGAAUGCCAUCGGAUGAGGAACAACAAAUGCAAAUACGUAAUGAAAGUGAAACUUAUCAUGAUAUCAUUCAACAGGAUUUCAUUGAUACGUACAGAAAUUUAACCUGGAAGGCGAUCUCGUGGCUGCAGUAUGUGAAUGAAUUUUGCGAGGAAGUGGAAUUCAUUUUGAAGAUAGACGACGAUGUGGUGUUCGAUUUGAUAGCGAUUGAGAGUUAUUUAAGAAAGAAAUCACCGGUAGCUGAGGAGGCUAAUUCGAACGUAAACAUGAUGCUGUGCAGUUUGUUUGCUGAUAGUCACCUUCUACCAAUCAGAGACAGUAAAAGCAAAUGGGGCGUCACGAAAGAAGAAUAUGCGCCUGAUUUUUUCUACCCGUAUUGCCGUGGAAUAUUUUAUUUGAUGCCGCGAAGGACUGCUGUGAAUUUGUUGAACGCAUCAAUUGGAGAGAAAUUCUUUUGGUUCAAAUUCUUUACCCAGCUGUUGCAGAUUGACGAUUACUUUAUCACAGGACAUUUGAGUCAUAAAAUUGGUGUUGUAUUCGACAAUAUUAUGUCGUUCCAAUCUGGCAAAGAGCAGUUGUUAGCUGGAAGGAGUUGGUUAUGGGUUAGCGAUUCGCAAAAUAUGACUGAGGCGGUGAAUAUAUGGCAAAAAUUGGAAGAAUCACACAAAAAUGCAUCGAGUUCAGUUGUUCUCUCGCUGUGA